AUGGUAAGGUCGCACUGGUGUCGCGGCAAUGAGGUGAAGCCGCGCGAGGUAAAACUCAACCACGACGAGGUCAACUUGGAUCAUCGUCGUGACGAAGCAUAUCUCCUUGCUGAUCGCCGAGGUGCUCGUCGAGGUGGAGCCUCGAAAAGGACGUUGGGCAGACAAGUAGCGGUCGACGCGAGGUGA